CGGGUUGACUCAAAAAUUAUGUGGCGCGGAUUUUGUUAUUCGACGCGAGCAACCAACAAUAACAUGCAGAAAUACAGAGCUUCAACUAGUAAACAGUGUGAAAAUCACUACUGCGAUCACUCAAAACGUACAAUGGAACACUCUUACACGCAAUCAAGCUGCUUUUUCACCCCCGAGAGUGCAGAAAAGGCGAAAGACAUGCAAGAUUUUGGCCGCGUAACGCCAAUCUUUGGUCUAACUUCGUCAGUCUUUUUGAGUCCGCCAUCAUCAUCGGAAAGGAGUCCUGUCCCUAACUUCAAAAACCUUGAUGAUGUUCCUCGAUUGGAUCUACAAACCGAGGAAAGCGAUCAGGAGUCUAGAAUCUCCAAAUCGUGUUCGUCACGUUCAUCUUUGCUACCAGAGGACAGAAUCAUAGGGAAGCAUGUCAGCGACAAAAUCGACAUCAUAUCUGAGCUCCUCACGUUGGGUGCCGAUCGUAUUUGCUAUAAAAUCUGCCACAAGCUUGGCGAUAGUGAUCUGAUAAGAUUCGCUUCAGUAUGCCAACGCUGGAGACAGUUUGUUGAAGACUUCCUCUCAGAUCGCUGGAGGUCUCAUUUACGAGAAAGACGCCAAUACUGUACUCUAAAGGGAAAGGAGAAUCUGGGAACACCUCAAAGUUCAAAAGAUCACCCAAGACCCAGAAUCCCUUUACUUACAAUUGACAUGAACACAGCAAAGAGUAUCAGCCAAGUAGUCAGCAUUAAGCCUACUGAGUCCUCAGCAGUCACAACAGAAAUGUUUGUCAAUCCCCAGACUCCAGUCUCAGAGAGAAGACUUUGUCCUAGAUGCACAUCCCCUUCAAACUACACACAAGUGCAAAAUGUUGCUCAAUGCAUCUGCGAGAGAUGUGGCAAUGAAUUUUGCCCUUAUUGCCUAAGAGACAUUGAAAACCACACAAGUGAGAGCUGCCAAGAGUUGAGAACAGCCCCUGAGGAGAAAAGGCAAUUAAGGACAAGGAAAGCAAAGAAAAAUCAGGCAAGCAAAAGAAUCAGAGACAGUCUAAGACGGCUGUGAUGCAAAAAGCCUGCUACAUAAUUUAGUUAGAAUCUUAUAUUAAAUUAAUUUUAUUUAUGUACAUAUGUAAAUACUUUUUAUAUGACACUACUUAUACAUGUAGAUAGUAUUAUUAUGCUUGUUUAUGGUAUAUUGCUCGUCUACAGACUUGAAUAUGUGAAAAUAACCAUCUUCACGCUAGCAUAACCUUAUCUAGUUUGGAGUUUCAUUUAUUGGUCUUUGUGUAACUAAUUUGUCGGCUAGUAAUCAACAAGAAUAAAUGUUGGUUCUUACUAGGACACAAGCCCUAGGCAACUAGUUUAUGAAUGUCGAUUGAACACUCAAGCAUGCAUAACAUAAUGCAACUUCCUGAUUUUUGGGCAUUUCGUAUUAACAGAUUCUAAGUUGUGUUGCAUUAGCACAUUAUAUUGUGCUUGUGUCCUAGUGAGAACUUACCACUAAGUCUUGGUAAACCUGGAAAAGAUUAGCCUUUGGCACCAUAAAGGUGGAUAUUGGCUUAGGUUACCCUGGUUCUGUGGCUUCAAUGUUUCAAACUUCUCUUAGAUACUGUAAUAACAAGUUGAAAUAACACAAAAGUAAGAGUGGUACUGCUGCUGGUCAGUCAUCUCAUGUUUUUUUUUUUUGUCUCAAUUGUUUCCCUUUGUACACUUGUAAAAUAUGUGUAAAUAAAGACAGAUACAAUUUGCAGAAAUUUAUGAGAAAGAUUUUGAUUCA